CCGAAAAUCAAUGUCCCAAUUCCGGCUUCCGCAGCAAUGGAAGAUGAGAGUGCACUGCCAUCUUCACCAGAGCGAACGGUGGCUGCCUUUGAUGUGGAGGACGACAACUCAACCCGCGGAUGCUAUUGGCUAUUCAUAGAUUUGGUGCAUGUCCUUCUGCCAUUUCUGCUUCUAACAGAGCAUGGGGCGAGGAGACGCAGCCAAGGAUCCCAUCCAUUCUUCAACAGAAUGGUGGAACGCUUGCGUAACGUGCGACCAGUGCUGCCACGUGCUCCGAACAUUUCCAAGUUCUUUCUGAUGUUGCUCCUCUUUGUGCUGCUAAUCAACGCGGGAGUGGUCUACAUGUUUUUGUCCAUAUCAUCUAUGACCCAGUUCAUGCAGAUGGGCGAGGAUGGCCGGCGCAGAAACAUAACAUUGAAGCCAAGAAUCGGCGAGCAUUGGAGCAAUGCCACGAUGGGCAAAUACAUUCUGCAGAUCAUCAUUAUAAACUACCUUUGCUGGCAAGUUCUGGAACACGACCCGAAGAUUGCAAAGAUGCGCCUGCAGGAUCCUCUACACUUGAACAAACCUGGCCUCAUUCAUGGACUUAGAAAGCUUGCUUCCUGCCUAUUCUGCUACCCGUAUAAGGAGAUAUGGUUGUCCACACAAUUUAUCGACCACAUGCUUUUGACGCUCACGGGCUUUCCAUACGCCAUUGUGCAGCCCAUGCUUGCUUGCAUCCACAUUGAACUUCGAGACAACGGAAUUGAACUGCAAGGAGCGCUCCAGGGCGAUUGGUUGAUGCUGCUCUCUGGUGCACUGGGUCUCUACUCAGGAUUCUUGAUGGUUGGGUUUCUCUGUGUGACCUUGGGAAACGGUGUGCGGCCACGUUCUGGAUAUUCCUAUGUAUUUCAACUAUCAACCUUUGCACUGGCAAUCUUGAUGGCCUUGGAGUUCCUGGUCCAGCAGCAAGCCCGGCAACGCUAUUCGCAGUUCCACCUCAAGGCGGAUGUGGGCGUCAUUUGGUACUACAAUGCAACCCGUGUGUUCAUGUCUGCAUCCCAGCUGUUCGCAACUCAUAGCCUCUGCAUGCUUUGUGCUAUGCACUUGGGGCAUGCGCAGCAUUUUCAAAAAUGUCCAGACUUACCAUGGAGCGUGGCAUGCAAAGAGGCUUUAAGUUGGUGUCUUUUCAUGGUAAUCGUGACUUCCGCGGGAUAUUGUGAACGCGUUGGGCAUCUUUGGCCUCUUUGUGAAUCCGAGAAGUUCAUGAUUGGUGCAAUCUGGGAAUGCAGCCUCUUUGGACUCCACAUUGUCCUUGGCAUUACUUUUCUGGCCUGUGGACUGCAGCACUCAACAGAAGUCAUACAACUGGCAACACAUGCAGACUGGAAACUGGUGCCUGCUGCCAUGAAGCUUUUCGAUCUAGACUCCUUCAUGAUUUUGGUGACUUUCAUUGCGGCCUCUGGACAUUCGCUUGUCGAAAUCUAUGACUUGUAUGCAGAGAGGUUGUACACACAGUGGAUGCUGCAGAUUCUCCACUCGGCUUUCAACUUGGGAAUUGCGGUUUUUACCUUUGCAUGUUGGAAGCAGCCGCCCUUGCGUGGGUGGACUCGGCGUUGCUUGUGGCUAAUUCUGGCAGUCGUUGCAGAAGACUUCCUCCACUUUCAGCUGGUUGAGGACUGCGAAUUUGCGUCGGCAAUGCCAGGCUGCUGUUCCUUUCCUUCGCCACAUGAUGUGAAUGCAGAGGGAGGACAUACCCUUUGGAAAAUGUGUGCUUUGGACCAUCGCUGUGCAUACCAGAAUCCUGCUUCAAGUUUCGACAACCACUCCUAUUUCUGCAAACUUUCGGAAGAGUUCUUUCACCAUGGCCAUGGGCACCAGAGCCAUGGGAGCCAUGGUCACGAGAGCGAAAGUGAAGCGCAUGGAGAAGCACAUCAGUCACAGUCUGACACGCAUGGUCUUUGGGCAGAUCAGAGGGGUGCCGUUUUGCCGAUCAGAGCAAGUUGCACCGAGCUGAAAAGACGUUGGUUGGCUUUUCCAGAUGAGUUAAAAAUUGAAGAGAGCAGUGAGCACGAAGAGUCUUUCUCAGCAGUCUUCAAGCAGUUGAAACUCAUCGGGAAUGCGGGCAACAUUGAGUUUAAAUUUGCGGUCAUUGGCAUUCUCUUGAAGGUGAUCCUCUUUGUGGAGCAUCCCAACAGCGAUCGGAUCCUGGAAUUAAGACACCAAUCAACUGGGCAUUGAUGAACAGUUCCAUCCGCUAGCAUGUACAAAAUCUGGCAGUUUCAUGCCACUUUGCUUGGCAGAAGAGCUGCCAAAUGCAGAGUUCCUUCUCCAACAAGGUCUUCCCCUUUUUGUGGAGGACUUGAGUUGGCAAAGAGGAAGGCUUGAACACUUUGGUUUGUAUGCUUGGAAAUCUUGGAGUCACUAAGUCUGUUUUCACACACUAACACGUGCACUGGAGCAGUUCUGCACACAUUGCCAGACAGUUGCUGAUAGAGGGAAUUCAGGUUUAGGACACGCCCCUCUG